UUAAAAAAAUACGCCACGCUAACGGAUUAUUUUACUAUUCCGACACAUGACAGCAAGUUCAUCUGUAUACAUUUUUAUCUCUACUGUCUUUCAAGGUGAAGCCGCGGUCAAACUGGCGGCUUUUUAAUUCAUUAAAAAACACACAACAAGCUGCUCUUGGCUGGUAAGCCAACUGUCAACAAAGAGACCGCAGCUGCACAUUGCUGGCAGUGGUGCUCAAAGUGUCGUAGUUUCAUUGACCCGAACAGACAAUAUUAACCUGGCUGACAUGACGGGGAUAGCGUCUCCAGAGAAGGCGUCCAGCUCCAAGAAGAAGAGCGAGAGGAAGUGUGCCACCAAAGAGGAGUACAAACAGCUGUCCAGCAUCAUGGGUGUCAUGAACAACCUGAGGAAACAGGGUACCCUCUGUGAUGUGACACUGGUGGUUCAGGGGAAACACUUUUCUGCCCACAGAGUAGUGCUAGCAGCUGCAAGCCACUUCUUCAGCCUCAUGUUCACUACCAGAAUGAUGGAGUCAAUGUCCCAUGAGGUGGAGCUCAGGAGUGCUGAGCCCGAGAUCAUUGAGCUGUUGAUUGAGUUUAUCUACACAGCUCGGAUCUCGGUGAACAGCAGUAAUGUCCAGUCGUUGCUGGAUGCAGCCAACCAGUACCAGAUUGAGCCUGUGAAGAAGAUGUGCGUAGAGUUCCUCAAAGGACAGAUUGAUGCAACAAACUGUCUGGGUAUUUCAGCCCUUGCAGACUGUAUGGACUGUCCUGAGCUGAAGGCAGCAGCAGAGGACUUCUUCCAGCUCCACUUCACUGAAGUCUACAAACUGGAUGAGUUCCUGCAACUGGAUGUGUCACAGCUCACACAUCUACUGCACCAAGACAAACUCACUGUCCGUGCUGAGGCUCAGAUUUAUGACGCAGCAGUACGCUGGCUUAAGUACGAUGUGUGCAAUAGACAGCAGUACAUGGUGGAGGUGCUGGGGUGUGUUCGCUUCCCCUUGGUCUCCAAAACCUUCCUCUCUAAGACAGUGCAGGGUGAGCCCCUCAUCCAGGACAACCCGCAGUGUCUCAAGAUGGUCAUCAGCGGGAUGCGCUACCACCUGCUGUCUCUGGAGGAUCGUGAGGACUUGGGAGAGAGCAGCCGACCGCGACGGAAGAAGCACGACUACCGCAUCGCUUUGUUUGGAGGCUCCCAGCCACAAUCCUGCCGCUACUUCAACCCCAAGGACUCGAGCUGGACAGACAUCCGCUGCCCCUUCGAGAAGCGCAGGGAUGCCACAGCCGUCUUCUGGGACAAUGUUGUCUACAUCCUGGGCGGCUCACAGCUCUUCCCAAUAAAGCGUAUGGACUGCUACAAUGUCCUGAAGGACAGCUGGUACUCCAAACUGGGUCCGCCCACACCACGCGACAGUCUGGCUGCCUGCGCCGCCCAGGGCAAGAUCUACACAUCUGGGGGGUCGGAAGUGGGUAGCUCAGCCUUGGACCUUUUUGAAUGUUAUGACACGAGGACGGAGUCGUGGCAGGUGAAAACCAGCAUGCUGUUGGCCCGCUGCAGCCACGGCUCAGUGGAGGCUAACGGGCUCAUCUACGUCUGUGGAGGAACAGUGGGCAACAACGUGUCUGGCAGGGUCCUCAACAACUGUGAGGUGUAUGACCCCAACACACAACAAUGGAGGGAGCUGUGUGGGAUGAGAGAAGCCAGGAAGAACCACGGGCUGGUGGUGGUCAACAACAGGAUCUAUGCUGUUGGAGGGCAGGGGGCACUAGUCGGUGGACUGGAUUCGGUGGAGUACUACGACAUCGCUAGUAACGAGUGGCGCGCUGCCUCGGCGAUGCCGUGGCGAGGUGUGACGGUGAAGUGCGCGGCAGUCGGCGAUGUCAUCUAUGUGCUGGCAGGGUUCCAGGGUGUGGGGCGGCUUGGACACGUCAUGGAGUACCACACUGACACUGACAGGUGGGUGACCUGCAGCAAAGUGCGAGCAUUUCCCGUCACCAGCUGCCUGAUCUGCGUGGUCGACACGUGUGGAGUCAACGAAGACGAAGACAUGGAACUCAUAGACUCUCAGUCACACACUGCAUCCGCUGCCCCUCCAUCUGCCUCGACCUCAUCAUCCUCAUAGGAUGAGG